UAAUGCGUUCUUUCAAUGGGGAUGAGCUCGAAUUGAGGUUUUCCGAAUAAAAUACAACAAUCAUGCUUUUUAUAAAAUAAACUUUACUUUGCAUAUAGCAAUUGAAUUUUUUUUAUUUUUUUUUUUAUUUUUAUUUUUAUUUAUUUAGUUUAUUUUUUUUUUUUUUGUGAUACCCUGUGCCACACUGAGGCGGUGUUGCUUUCACAUAGCGUAAAAUUUACGAUCAUUGUUGACAUUUCAUUCAUCGAAUUGCAGCCUAAGUCAAGCAUUUCCUGAAUGACACGAGACGCUUCCGUUAGAAAUAUGUCACGGAUACCAUUCACGCAAUUAAGCACCCCAUCCUUGCACGUCAAAACCCAGUUGACCUGAAGGAUGGAUGGGGAAUUCGUCGCAUCGCUUUGGUUAGCCGGAUAAUGGAAUUAUCUCCAGUGGAGGCCAAAUUUUUAGGUCCAGUUGUGUUAGAGGUGCCGCAUUUCGGUUCUUUGCGUGAUAAGGAACGUGAAAUCAUAAUUUUGCGCUCCGACAAUGGAGAUAGUUGGCGAGAGCAUACUUUAUACGAUAGUGAUCAGGAUCUACUGCAUAUAGCUAGUUUCUCGGAUGAUCGUACGGUUAAAUUAUGGGACAUUGGGACUGAGAAAACUACGCUUACUUUUGCAGAGCAUGAGGAUUAUGUGCGCGCUGGCGCGGUAAAUCCCAUGUCACCAGACACAUUAAUAUCCGGUGGUUACGACGGUAAAAUUAAGAUGUAUGACACACGUACACAAAACGUUUCGUUCAGUAUUGAUCAUGGGAGCCCAGUUGAAUCUUUGCUGUUUCUGCCAACGGGUGGUAUAUUUAUCAGCGCAGGUGGUACAGAAAUGCGUGUUUGGGAUGCUUUCGCUGGAUGUCGACUUUUAACGAAAGUAUCACAACACCACAAAACCAUUACAAGUCUACGUCUCGGUUCCAAUGGCAAGCGUAUACUUUCUGGGAGCUUGGAUCGUCAUGUCAAGAUCUAUGAUGUCGCAACAUACCAAACUGUGCACACGCUUGAUUUCCCCAACGCCGUGCUGAGUCUUGGAGUUGCGCCGGGAGAUCAAACUGUUGUGGCGGGUAUGGUAGACGGGCUUAUUUCAAUACAAAAUAUGGAAAUAGAUCGCAAUAAAGAAGCGAAACCAAAACGUAAUGCUAACAAACAGCGCCGGCUGACUUCGAUGAAAGUGGAUCACAAUAUCCGUGAUGAAAAGCCACCGAACUAUAUGCAUAUAUGA